AUGCCCUCUCGACAACUCUCCACCUCAUCACCACCUUCCAACCACCGCGUCUUAACCCCUCCGCUACCUUCCACCGCCUCCGUUUGCUCUUUAUUCUUUUUACUUUUCCUGUGCUUCCGCAAGCGGAAACGCACCACCCCCUCCUCCGACUCAGAUGCCAACCCCCCUCACCCCUUCCCCUACCCCCUCCUCCGCCGCGCCACCAACUCCUUCUCCACGCGCCUUGGCCACGGGGGCUUCGGCCCCGUCUUCGCCGGCACUCUCGCCGGUGAUCCCGUAGCCGUCAAGCUCAUGGACUCUGCCUCCCUACAGGGCGAGCGUGAGUUCCACAACGAACUCUUCUUCGCGUCCAGACUCCGGUCCCCCUCUCUCGUCCCCGCCAUCGGCUUUUCCUCUGACCCCAAACGCCGCCGUUUCCUCCUCGUCUACCACCUCAUGCACAACGGCAACCUCCACGACGCCCUCUUGCGCCGCAAAAACCCCCACCUCUCGCGCUGGAAAAACCGCUUCUCCAUUAUCCUCGACAUCGCCAAAGCCAUCCACUACCUCCACUCCCUCGACCCCCCCGUCAUCCACGGCGACAUCAAACCCUCUAACAUUCUCCUCGACAACUCCUUCUCCGCCAAACUCGCCGACUUCGGCCUUGCGCGCUUAAAACCCCCAGUCCAAGAGUUCAAAGCAAAACUCGACGAGAAGAGAAAGGACGAGUCCGAGAGCGAUGCCGGGUCGGAGUUAGAAACUCAGAGCGUGAACACAGAACAAUCAUUUGAAGGUAACAUCGGGUCGGAUUAUGUGAUGGAUUGGAUUGGGAAGGAGGUGAAGAAGGAAAGGCCGAAGGCGGUGAAUGACGGUUCUUCAGCCUCGACUAGCGGAGUAGUGGAGAAGAAGAAAAGUAGGAAGAAAUUGGAGUGGUGGGAGACGAUGGAUGAUAGCGGAGUUUUGAAGAAGGAGAAGAGAAGGGUAGCGAGGGAAUGGUGGAAGGAGGAGUAUUCAGAAGAGCUUGCGAGGAAGACGAAGAAAAAGAAAAAGAAGGAGAAGAGAAAGGAAAAGGGAAAUAAGGAUGGUGUUGAUUUGGAGAUGGGUGAUGGUGGCGUAAAUGUUUACAAGAGGGAGAAGAACCGGAGUAGGAAGAGUGGUGGUAGUGUAGAUUCGUGGUUGAGUGGGGAGGUACAUGGAAUUGGAUGGAACAGCUACGAUUCUGGGACUUGCAGUGGAGAAAUGGUAGCCAAGAGUGGUGGUGUGAGUAGUACUCCGAGUAUGAGGGGAACGGUUUUCUACGUUGCUCCUGAGUACGGUUACAAUGGGGAUGUUUCUGAAAAGUGUGACGUGUACAGUUUCGGUGUUUUGUUGCUUGUUAUUGUUUCUGGGAGGAGGCCACUUCAGGUGACAGGGUCGCCGAUAUCGGAGUUUCAGCGUGCGAAUUUGGUGUCUUGGGCGAGGCACUGUGCCCGGAGAGGGAAGCUUCUAGAAGUGGUGGAUGAGGGUGUUGAGGGGUUGGACCAAGAGCAGGCUAGUCUGUGCGUGACGGUUGCGCUCACCUGUUUGCUAAAGUCACCUGCCCGUCGUCCUUCCAUGAAGGACGUUCUUGGAAUGCUGGGUGGGGAGGUGGUGCCUCCGCAGUUGCCGGUGGAGUACUCCCAACACUCUCGCAAUGCUUUCCCCUUCAAGUCCAGGAAAGAAGGCCGGUGCCGGUGA